AUGUCCCCAGGCCCGGAGGAACAGGACUUCUCUGGAUGGGUCUGGAGGCCCCAGCCAGACCCCGGCUCCUCCCACCGCAUGAGGCUGGGCGUCAGCCCCCACCUGGAGCCGCUGCACGGAGAUGACUGUAGGCUCCGCUACCACCGUAUUCAAGUCAGUAGCGUCUCGAGCGCCGCGGGCGAGGCAGCUUCGGCUGCUCUCUCCGUGCUUCGGUCCGCUGGCCCCGGGCAGGAGCGGCCCCUGCGAAGACCAGAUGUUGAUGGACCCGCGCCGCUGCUCGGCUGCGCCAUCCUCCCGGCGCGCAUGCGGGGGCGGCACCGACCUCGUGCCCGGCCUCGGAUCGCCGCCUCGCGCCCGCUGGGCUCCCGGUGCCGCAUUCGCCUUUCUCGGGUCUCCCGCAGCGGGCGGAGGGCUGCGAUCGACCCGGACUUGGAGCCGCUGCCCCGGUCGGACUUCAGAGAGCUCGGCCGAGAAGCGGCUCCCGCUGUCGCAUUUCUGCAGUGGAGGUUCCAGAGCGGGCCCUACUUCAGGGGUGAAGGCGACAGCGACAGCCCUGCGGGCUGGAAGCACCGCCCACUUCCAGUGCCUGCUGCGCAUGCUCCUCCUGCCGGCCAGCGCCACCUACUUCCGGUGCCCGCCACGUGUCCGUCCAGCUGCGCCAUCACCUGCUGCAGAGAAGGAAGCUUCCUGCCUGGUCCCGCCCGCCGCUCGCCAGUGCCUCCCACUCAUACCGUCCCCGCCGGCCAAGGCCUCCUCCCGCUGAUGUCGCCGUCGCUCGCGAAAGCCCUGCACCGCCGGCCGGAGCCCUCCAACAGCGGCUGCCUACCGCCGGCUCCAGGGCCCCACCUUGCCAGGGUCCCUGUGCCCUUCUCACGCAGGCCUGGCCUCGCAGCGGCAGCUCACCCGCAGCCACCGUCCUGGAGCCCGCCCCUCUCCUGCCCUGCCCGCCGGUGCCUCCCGCUGACACCCGCCCUAGACGCCUGCCGCUACCACCGUCCUCCAAUGCCUUCUUCCGCUGAUGCCGAUGUUGCUGCCUUCACCAGCGCUCAUGGCCCUCCACUGCGAGAUCCCUCAGACUCGUACCACCGCCAGCAGGGGCCCCCCUGCCAGGGACCCGGUUCCCUGGUUCCCUUGCAGGCCUCGCCGCCUUGCAGCAACCUCAGUUCAUAGUUUCCACAGGGAACAACUUUGAAGUCAACUCAUGAAAGUUCUACUUGAUCCAUUUGUGUAAACAUCUGCUGUUCCCUACCUUCAGGGUCACACGAGGCAGAACACCAACCCGCCCAGAAAACUGGAACGAAGAGGAGAAGAUGUGAUAGAGGAACAUCGAGCCUAAACUGAGAGCAGCCGGAUGUGGAUCCCUGUGUUGCGCGAGUGGCAGGAACCUCAAGUCUCUCCAAGUGCUCCGCCUGUCUUUGCUUUCCAACCCCACCGGUCC